UCUAACUGUGUUUCAAUCUGAACCUCUCUUUCUCUCUUCUCGCCGUCGUGAAUCGCCCUGGGGUUUUCAGCCACAAGAAAGUCGCACUGAAUCUCAGUCUAUCCUCCAUCGCGAGCCCACUCCGUCGACUGCUCCUGCAUCGGCGAAGAUGUUUUUUCUAGCGGAAGGGUUAUGGGAAGGUGCUGUUUUAAUAUGGCCUUUCUUCUUCUGGGGCACUGCCAUGGUAGCGAUGCUGCUUGCUUUCAGGGAUUUCUCGCCGAAGGGUUGCAGAAGACUUCAGCUGGUUUGGGCAGUGUAUGCUUGCAGAAGACUUAGUCAAUUGAACGGCUGAGUUAUAUGUCGAAACGAGUGAAGUUAGUUUAUAAAGUGUUGUAUGCGUGUCACAUUGAUAAUUGGAUUACAGGGAAAUUUGAUUUGACUUCGGUUUAUGUUGAUUUGGAUUUUAGAUUGCAGUGAGAGCAUGAAUUGUUGCCAUUUUUUACUAUCUAGCUUGGAUAUAUGGCAGUUUAUUAUUGAUUCACAAACUUUGACAGUGGAUGUACUUGCAGCUUUGUUAUUUGGUGAGUCCAUUGGCAUUAUUGGAGCUGCUGGGCUUGUACGUAUAUGAACACGCGCAGGUGAAUCCUGCAAAUGAGAGAAUGCUUGGAGGUGGUGGUGCUGAUGGAGCUAUACACAGGGCUGCAGGUUUGGAUCUUCUUAGAGCAUGUCGGAAUGUUCCAGAAGUCAGGCCCGGAGUUCGCUGUCCCAUGGGGGAAGCAAGGAUCACACCGUGAGUUCUAAGUUUUACAUAUGGUAACCUUUUUGAUGUGCAUGUUUUAUACUUAUGUUUGGUUGGAAUAAGAAAAAUUAUUAAGAAACAUCUUGAGAUUAACGGAUUGGAUAAAAACAUUGUAUUGGAUAGAACACUAUGGUAGAACUUGAUCCAUGUAGCCGACCCCACUUAGUGUAAUAAGGCUCGGUUGUUGUUUGGGUGGAAUAAGCACUUACGCUUAAGAGUGAUUCACUAGUUUAGUGUCUAAACUCAUGGAUUGUAGGCUUUGGUCAACUUGUUUCUUGAAAUUAAUGAAAUUUUCAAGUGUUUCUAUCACAAAUCUUUUACUAGAUUUAUAUAAUAGAACCCAAAAAUUAAGUAGCCAAUUGCAUUACUCUAUUUGUGUUGGUUAAUUCAGUCUUGAAGAGACUAAUGUGUAGCAACCUGCCCUAAAAAUUAAUAUUUUAGAGUCGCCACCUAUUCUGAAGGGCGAAUAGGAAACCCUACGCAGUAUAAAGAUUCAGGGUAAGUUAUUAUAAUCAGGUCGAGGGAAGGUGUUAGGCACCCUCAACCCUUUCCUAAGAUUUGCAUUAUAAGGCUAAGUUUAUGGCUAACAUAAAGAAAGGUAACAGACAGUUAAUAGGGGAAAAGGCAGAUUAUCAAGAUUAAAGGUUUGUGAUUAAAGAAAUAAAAUCGGGAAAAAAUGAGAUUUAUGGGGGAGGGGACUCGCCUUGUUGCCAAGUGCCUACGUACUUCCUUAUGGAGGAUCAGAGUCUACGUAGUUCGGGCACAGGGUUGUACGCCUUUGAAUUAGAAUCUGUGGUUUGAAAUUGUUUUGAAGGCUUUUUGAGUGGCCUAUCGUAGUUUUGAAUUUGUGUUUUGCAAGGCAUUCUGAAUUGCCUAGGAUAAAAAUCCGUAGUGUCGUGGUUUAGUGUGUUUUGAAUGUUUUAAGUGUUUGGGCGUACAACCCUGAUUUGAUAUGGCACCGUUAGAUGCGAGGACCAAUAGAUUUGGUCAGUAUAGCUAACGGAUUAAGGGGCAUUGCUGGUUACUCAGAUCCAUAGAUUGAUCAUCGCGGGCAGCAAAUUAAAUGUGUUUUGAAUUUUAUGUAUAUUUUUAUCUCUCGUCUAAUGCGACUAAUAGAUUUAGUCGGGUUGAGGAGAGAAUUUAAAUAAAGGAUUAAUUAAAUUAUUUUAUUGCUUUAUUCAGAUAUUUGAUCAGUACGACAUAGAGAGUCGACUAAUUCGAAGGCGGGAUGAAAUAGAUAUUCAUCCGCCAUUUACCCGUUAAAGGGGAAGUUAGAGUUUAUUGUUUUUAUUAUCUUUAUCUCUCAUCUACUGCGACUAAUAGCUUUAGUCGGAUCGAGGAGAGAAUUAGUAAGAAUUAUUGUUUUGCCAAACGGUAAUGGGAUUGGGCAAACCCUAACGCCUUGGAUAAACUUUCCUAGGGUUUUUAUAAUUUAAUAGUUAAUAAGUAAUUAAAUUAAUUAAGUCGAAUAAUCGACAAAAUCGAAUAAUCGGGAUGAACGUCAAUAAUCCUAAUCCUAAUUUUAACCCUGAUUAUAUUAUUCAAAUCCUAAAUUAAAUUAAAUAAAUUAAACAUAAUUUACAUUUAACCUAAAUAAUAAAACUAGAAAGUAAAAAUAUAUGAAAAAACUUGGGCCACGAUCCUGUGCAGCAUGUUCGUGAGUGCCUAUGGUAUGCACCUCAUCUUCCUGGGCGUUGGAUCAGAUCUGAAGAAGAUCGACUGGCUGAUGCGUGGGGGGUGUAUGAUAGGCGCGCGCCGGAGAGGACUACUGGAUCUGUAAGAAACUGAAACAUGCAAAUUAUUAAAAAUACAAGGUCGCGUGUGGGGUUCGAACCCCGGUUCUCUUCCUCACCAGCCAAUGCAUCUUGCCAAGUGCGCCACUCCUUGAUUCUGUUAAUAACCCACGUUCAUACAUUAUUAUAGGAAUUACAGCAUUAUAUGGAAAUUAAAAAAAAAGCAACGCGCGCCGCUGGGAAACGAUCUGGGGUUUGCCCUCUAAUCCAUCACGCGCACAGCCAACUGCUCCACUUGCUCAUUUUGACAUAAAGACACGCCAAAGCUAUAAGUAUGAAAAACAGUGCCAUAAAAAUUCAAAAAAAACAAAGAGCAUGCCGCACUGUUCUUCUUCUUCGAUGAACACAGAGAUAUGGCAACGCUUUUGUCCCUGUGGCCAAUGAUCUGCAACUUUCAAAUUUCAUAUACAAACACCAUAAAUCACAACUAAAAGCUCAGAUUGAAUAUAUGACACAUCCCGAAUUCAUUAAACCUCUUAAUUCAACCUAAAAUUGACUCUAAACAAUUUCCCUAAAAUCAAGAACAUAAACCCUAUCAAUGGUGCAUUGUUCAAAUAGCGACAAGAAUUGAAUUAAAGGUGCAGAAACGAUCUUAUCAUCAAUCUAAACACAACUACAUAACCAAACCCUGUUUAUGAUGCCUCCAUGAGCGUAACCGAGCGUAAGGCAGAGGAACCAAACGUGAGCGAACAAGAGGUUGAUUUCGGGCAUUCUGUGUGUCUGCAACUAUCGGCCUUGGUCCAAGGAAGGUCGCAGUCACGCUACUGAUCCUUAAGAACGCUUGAAUCCUCCCAAACUUCCUCCUGCCAUGGCACUGGUUUUACAAUUUUUUUUGAACUCUCCCUUGGUUCUGCAGCGGCCCGAAAAUUCCCCCUCGGGCAUUAGGAAUCAUCCUCUUAUAUAUUGAGACCAUUUAGGUUUUCUUUAAAGUCAAUUCUUGAUUGAAUCCUCAUAAAGAGUGAUUGAGAUUUAUUUCCUUUUUGGAGUGAUAUUGUGGAGUCUGCAAUUCUCAUCCCUUUUGCCUCAAACAUGGACAACAUCUUGGCCAAUUUAAUUCUUUUCUUUUUUCUUCAGCCCAAUAACAAAACAAUGAGCCCAAUAAUUAGUCUAAUAAAAACCCCUCCUAACAAAUAAUAAUAACCUAAUUAACACUAAUACUAAUACUAAUAUAAUAACAAUUAAUAAUAAUAAUAAUAAUAUUAAUACUAUUCUAACCUAAAUAAUAAUAUUAACGCUAAUUAAAUUACUAAAACCUAUUUAAAAAUAGUAAACUUAAUUAAUUAAAACCUAAAACUAAUCCUAAUACUACCUAAUAAUAAUUCUAAUAAUGUUAAUAUCAAAAAAAAUAAUAACAAUAAUCGAAACAAAUGUUAAUAAAACCCAUAAUGCCCCCAAACACUGAUAAAACUCUUGUAAUAGUCAGGACCAACGUUCGGGUCCUAAACCUCUGUUACUUACGCCCUUGUGUUAACUCAACCUGAUUUAUAAGAGAGCGAGUUUGACAAUAGAAAUGUCAAACCCUAUGGCUCUUAAUUUUGAUUCUUGAUGGGUUAAGCGACGUAGAUCUGAUCGGGUAAAUUUUGGGGUAUGACAUAAUGCUAUUCAGAAUUUUCAAUUUUUAUGGAUCCUUAUGAAAUAUUAUUGUUUAGCUCUUCUAAAAUUUCUUGACUUAAUUAGAUUGUACAGGGCUUGAUGUGAACAUUUAUAAUAAGAAAUGAUGAUGAGUUAAUUUGUGUAUGUUAAGAAAUAUAAUAAGAAAUAUAAUGAUGAUGAGUUAAUUUGUACUGGGCUUCAUAUCGAACAAUGUAACACCAACAUUUGUCAUAAAUAAAUGAUGAUGAGUUAAUUUGUUAUAGGAAAAUACAACUUGGUAACACUUGUUUUGAUUUUGAUUAUGUAUAUAUUGUUAAUAAUUCAUUGUUUUGUGUUAUGAGCUGCAAACAAACUAAACACAUCAUUUAUACAAGGUCGUGUGAACUCUACUCCACGUAAGUUAUCAACGCAAUCAAGAGCACACCAUAAAAAUGUCUUGUCCUCUACGAUUUGAUUGACUGAGUUUGUUUUGUUACUACGAAUUCAUGAGUUUCUCUUGUUUCACAGGCUUCACAUUUGUUGAAAUAUGAUUCUAUGCUUGGAACUUUUAAAGCAGAUGUGGAAAUACUGAAUAACGAGACUAUUACAGUUGAUGGUAAACCCAUCAAGGCUGUCUCUAGCAGGGAUCCUCUUAAGCUUCCAUGGGCCGAACUCGGAAUUGACAUUGUUAUUGAGGGAACAGGAGUGUUUGUGGACGGUCCUGGUGCGGCAAAACACAUCCAAGCAGGUGCCAAGAAAGUUAUCAUCACUGCUCCUGCAAAGGGUGCUGAUAUUCCAACUUAUGUUGUUGGAGUGAAUGAACAAAACUACGGCCAUGAAGUAGCCGACAUCAUAAGAAUUGUUAAGGGAACCAUGACAACUACACACUCCUACACAGGAGACCAGAGGCUUCUGGAUGCUUCACACAGGGACUUGAGAAGAGCUAGGGCUGCAACACUGAACAUUGUUCCCACCAGCAUAGGAGCAGCCAAGGCUGUAUCUCUAGUGUUGCCACAGCUCAAGGGAAAGCUCAACGGAAUCGCCCUCCGCGUGCCUACACCUAAUGUUUCGGUUGUUGACCUUGUGGUGAAUGUUGCAAAUUUAGAAAUACAUUACCUGCGGAUUUACCUUCGGAUUUAUCGUUCCUGUGGAUUUACCUGCAGACUUACCAGCAGAAUUUACUGCAGAUUUACCUGCGGAUAUUUCCUGCGGACUUACCUGCGGAUUUUCCUGCGGUAUUUCCUGCCAAAUAUAUUACCCAUGAAGGUUUUAGCUGGGGACCUUUAACCGCAGAAAAAUCCGCAGGAAAUCUGUUUUCUGCGGAAAUUAUGCUCAAAUCCGCAGGAAAACAGAGUAUUUCUAGUAGUGAGAUUCUCUUUACUUUGUAUCUCAGCUUAGCAUUAUUCAAUGGGUUUUCUAUUCCAUAUUUUGGUUUUCUUCCUCUCUUCUUCGGAGUCUUUUCUGAAUCCACCAUACAAGUGUUAUCCAACGUCUUCACCAACAAAGUCUCCAGGUCAAAAUGCUCCGUAUCACCACCACUAGUACAAGAAAUGAGCUAUUGCAACAUACUUACCUGGCCGCGCAAAACAUCCAAACUCGAAGCUAUUAUUGCAAUCAAAAAGCAUCUUCAUAUUUUUUAUUGAAUUAUGGGUUAAUACCCAUUUUGCCCCCGGCCAUAUGGGGUGUAGUUGAAAACCCCCUGCGAAAAAAGUCCAAGCGCCUAACCACUAAGCUAAGUGGUUGGUUUUGUUCAAUAAAUACUUUAA